GGCCGAGCCACUCCCUCCGGCCCACCUUUUUACUUAUCCCCUCAGCUCACCCUUUCAUUGUCUCUACAUCUUCCCCUUCCCUCCUCCCCCCCCUUCCCUCUUCACCUUCCUCUCCAUCUCACUCCCUUUGUCUUUCAACCUUCCUCCAUGCUCCCCCCUCUCCUCCCUUCCCUCUGCCUCCUCUUCUUUCUCCCCCUCUGUCUCCUCUCCUCCCUUCUCUCCCUCAUGUCCUCCCUCCCCUCUCCCUCCAUUGCUCUCCAUCUCCUCUCCCACGUGGCAGCAUCUUGUGGCAUGUCUUCCCACGGGGAGACCAUCUGCUGA